UGAGCUAAGCGUUUGUGUCAAUAAUACAAUUUAUUUAAGCGCUGUUUAAAACACCAAAAGUAAUCAACAGACAUAAUUUACAUUUGAGGUUAAAUAUUAACAGCUAAAAGUGUUUUAUAAGUUAAGAGACAAAGGCUUUGUGAAUUAUUUGUGGCGAAAUAAUAAGAAUUUAAUUCACAACCAAGAUGCCUUCAGAGGUGAUCGCUGACAAGUCGCUGCAACGGGAGCUGGCAGACUCCAUCAUCAGGAUGGUACCUCUGGACGAGAUAAGAAUCUUGCUGGCUUGUGGAGCUAAGGUAAAUGAGCCUGUGACCCAAGGUCUACGUCCUCUUCACUACGCGAUCUGGCAGAGGUACCUGGAGGCAACCAGACUGCUUCUAGUACGAGGCUGUGACAUUAAUGCUACAGAUGAUUGCGGAUACAGUGCCUUACAUCUUUCUGCUGAACACGGAUAUAAAGAUUUAGUGAAGCUUCUAUUAGAAAGUGGUGCAGCAGUGGACUACAGACCUGAUACUAGUGAAGAAUUCCCACGCACGACUCUUUGUGAUGAACCUUUGCGCCUGGCGAUACGGAACAAACACUAUGACGUUGCAAAACUUCUCUUAGAGCAUGGCGCAGACCCGAAUAAGAGAUAUUUCUUUGGCUCCGAGAUCAAUCUCGUUUCUGACCCAGAGUAUUUGGAACUGCUGCUGAUGUUCGGAGCCAACCCUGACUCCAGGGACAGAGCUGGUCUCACACCGCUCAUGAAAGCUGCUAGACAACGGAAGGGCAUAGAAUCUGUGCUACUCUUGAUCAGUUAUGGCGCUGAUGUCAAUGCAAUGGCAGAUGCAAGAAACGACUACAGAACUGUGAUGCAUUACGCUGUUUUAAGUGGCAACACGGACGUUGUCAAUCUGUUGAUAAAGCAAGGCGCUAAAGUGAACUACGAGAGUCCAGAUCUAAACAAGCCUUCUCCGCUUGAUCUGGCGAUUUUGAAAGGAGACGUCGACACUAUACAACUAAUGCUGUCUGCUGGCGCUUACGUGAAUGCAUCCAGUUCUGUGAUAGGAACGCCUCUUCAUGUUGCUUGUUCGGAUAAUAUUACAAACAGAAAAGAAAUAGUCAAAAUUCUUCUCGAAAGUGGUGCUGAUCCGAAUCAAAAGGUAUACAACGAAGACGACGGGGCUCAACUCAGACCAGCUCUGGCUGAGUAUCUAGCCAGCAACUUGGAGCCUGACGUCGAUAUAGUGCAUGCGUUGUUGCGACACGGAGCUAGGGUUAUUAUGAAAACACAAUUUCGUGACCCGGAUGGCAUACUCAAUCAUCUUCAAAAUGUGACCUUAGAAGAGUAUCAACAUAUUUUCUACCUCCUUCUCGAAGCUGCGGAGUCAUUCGAUCUCUGUAUGAUAAAAAGGAACAACAUUCUAUCGCCCACGCAAAAAGAAACAUUAAUCCAACGGGCUAAGAAUCCUAUCUCAUUGCUUGCACAGACAAGGAUUUAUUUGAGAAAGGUAUUCGGAACCGAACUACAGAAAGUCGUUACAGAGUUAGAGGUGCCUACCAUAUUGCAUCGCUAUCUAUUAUUUGAGUGCUGUUAAAGACAUUCUCUAACUUUUGAGGUUAUAUUUUUUGCGCUGCCAGAUCGGUGUGCGCCUUGUCCUCUUUUUUGGGGAAACUAUUAUAUAAUCCCCAUAAAAUAUAUGAAGUCUGCUAUGGUAAACUUAAUUAUAAGAUAAUUUUUAAAUUUUUUUUAAGCAAAUUUAAAAUUACUUAUAUUUGGAGAAGUGGUUUUGUAGUAGUAUUUUUUUUACAUUUUUAUUAAAUUUCUCAAUUUUACCUAUUUUUUUUUAAAUAUGUUCUUGGGUAUCUACUCAUAUAUGAAGUAUAAAUUUAUGCUAUUCAAUAACUUUCUUGUGGGUACUUUUACCUGCUGCAGGAAUCUUGAAGCUUUUCGAAUGGUAACGAUAAAAUAUAUCUUCGCGAUGGCAACAUUUCUUCCUGGAUGUUUUGCUACUUA